CGUUUCUCUUUUAUCUUUUACCCCUUCCACUAAUCUCUCUAGUCUCUGAUUCAACCUUUUAUCUCUUAAAGAGAAAAGAGAAACCAUGUGUUUCAGUCUCGCUUGUUAGUCCACAACGUCAUGGUGGUGAUUCUUGAUUUUAGCAUACAGCACUGCCCAAGAUUUAGAUACCUUUGACUACUCAGCAACAACCAUAUGCUAAAGUCUAAAACAUCAGCUUCAACCUUUUAUCUCUUUCUACCGAUAAGUCUCAUCUUAUUCACUAAAACGACUGCCUCCACUAAUUCUCUCUACAUAUACCAACAAUAAGAGACGUUUCUCUCAUUCUCUGUUAUCUUUAACCCCUUCCACUCAUCUCUCCCUACAAUGAUGAGAAAAGGAGACGACCGGUUUAGAGCGGUUCACGAAGACGAACCGCUUUUUAUCACCGGUAGUAGAACCGGAAGGGUGAUAGCGUACCGGGUUUUCUCAGCCUCGGUUUUCUUUUGCAUCUGUUGGAUUUGGCUCUACAGAGUGACCGCACCGGUAGAGACUGAUGAGAACCGGACCGGUUUAGUUCGGUUCAUCUGGUUGGUUAUGCUAGUCACAGAGAUUUGGUUCGGUUUGUAUUGGAUAGUCAUGCAAUCUCCCCGCUGGAACCCGGUUUGGCGGUUCACCUUCACCGAUAGACUAUCCCGGAGGUACGGUGACGAUCUCCCUAGGCUCGACGUUUUCGUAUGCACGGCGGAUCCGGUGAUUGAGCCGCCGUUGAUGGUGGUCAACACAGUCUUAUCCGUAGCGGCUCUCGAUUACCCACCGGAGAAACUUGCCGUGUAUCUCUCGGACGACGGUGGUUCCGAGCUCACGUUCUAUGCUCUUGCGGAGGCAGCUGAGUUUGCUAAAGUUUGGGUUCCGUAUUGCAAAAGAUUCGACGUUGAACCGAGAUCCCCUGCUGCUUACUUGUCGUGCAAGGCAAGUGGUUUUGAUUCAGCUGAAGCAGAGGAAGUGGCUAGGUUGUAUAAAGAAAUGGCGGCGAGGAUCGAAACGGCGGCGAGACCCGGGAUAAUACCAGAUGAGGCGCGUUUGAAGUACGGUGACGGGUUCUCCCAGUGGGACUCUGACGCUACCCGCAGAAACCAUGGAACCAUUCUUCAAAUUUUGGUAGAUGGAAGAAAAGGUAAUACAGUAACAGUACCAACGUUGGUGUACUUAUCGAGAGAGAAGAGACCAGAGCAUCAUCAUCACUUCAAGGCUGGAGCCAUGAACGCAUUGAUAAGGGUGUCUUCGAAGAUUACCUGUGGGAGAAUCAUACUAAACUUGGACUGUGAUAUGUACUCAAACAACUCAAAGUCAGCACGUGACGCGCUCUGCAUUCUACUUGAUGAGAAAGAGGGGAAGGAGAUUGCUUUCGUGCAGUUCCCGCAGUGUUUUGAGAACCUUACCAAGAAUGAUUUAUAUGCAAGCAUGAUGCGAGUUGGAUAUGAUGUGGAGUUUAAUGGAUUGGAUGGAAAUGGCGGUCCAUUAUACAUUGGAACUGGCUGCUUUCACAGAAGAGAUGUGAUCUGCGGAAGAAAGUAUGGAGAGGUAGAGGUAGAAGAAGAAGAAUCUGACUAUAUUUCAGAGACUGAGAUGAUUAAGGCUCUUGCAAGCUGCACUUAUGAAGAAAACUCUCAAUGGGGAAAGGAGAUGGGUGUGAAAUAUGGUUGCCCGGUAGAGGAUGUAAUAACCGGUUUAGAGAUUAAAUGCCGUGGAUGGAAAUCAGCAUACUUGAACCCGAAAAAGAAAGCUUUUGUCGGUGUAGCGCCGACCAAUUUGCAUCAAAUGCUUGUGCAGCAUAGGAGAUGGUCGGAAGGUGACUUUCAGGUUCUGCUUUCAGAGUAUAGUCCGGUUUGGUAUGGCCAAGGGAAGAUCGGUUUAGGAUUGAUACUUGGUUACUGUUGCUAUUGCCUUUGGGCUCCAAGUUCAGUACCUGUGCUUCUUUACUCUGUUUUGACUUCUCUCUGUCUCCUCAAAGGCAUUCCUCUGUUUCCAAAGGUAUGGAGCUCGUGGUGGUUUAUCCCGUUUGGAUACGUGACUGUUGCAGCUAAUGCUUAUAGUCUAGCCGAGUUCUUGUGGUGCGGAGGAACGUUACGUGGAUGGUGGAACGAGCAAAGGAUGUGGCUUUACAGAAGAACAAGCUCGUUUCUUUUCGGACUCAUAGACACGAUUAAGAAGAAGGUUGGGGUUUCGGAGUCUGCGUUUGUGAUCACAGCGAAAGUAGCAGAAGAGGAGGCUGCAGAGAGGUACGAGAAAGAGGUGAUGGAGUUUGGAGUGGAGUCUCCGAUGUUUCUCCUCCUCGGAACACUCGGGAUGCUCCAUCUUUUCUGCUUGGCCACAGCGUUUAUGAGACUAGUAAUGACUUCUAGAGAGGAUGUAGAGACAAUGGGUUUGCAGUUUGUGGUAACAGGAGUACUUGUGGUACUAAACUGGCCUUUAUAUGAAGGCAUGUUGUUGAGGAGAGACAAAGGGAAGAUGCCUAUGACCGUGACAGUUAACUCCUUUGUCUUAGCUUUAUCUGCUUGCACUUGUGUUGCAUUUUUGUAAAGAAAGAUAGAGCCAAUGUAGUAUUUUAACUACUGGGGCAGCAAUUGUAUGUUUUUCUUAUUUUUUAUUUUGCCACUAAAAUGGAAAGUUUGCAACAGCUUGUCUUAUAUUUUUGCAAUGAAGAAUCCAUGUCCAACUCUUUA